AUGGUGGCAGCGGCGACAAUCUCCUUUUUCCCGUUUUUCCGCCGCCGCAUCUACGAGCUUUGUCUGAGAAGCCACCAAGCACUUGCUGCGUUGGCAGCGGUGGGGACCGCGCUGCAUUUGCUAUCGAUUGCUGGCCGGCUUAGGCUGUGGGUGUACAUCUACCUUGCUGUGACGACGCUGGCAACCUUGGUCCAGGGCUGUUUGAUGGCUUUUCGCAACAAGGCCAUGGGACAAACGUUUGGACGAGCCUACAUCGACCACGUUACAGGAACCGUGCAGGUCUCAAUCAAGCUGUCGAGGCCACUCAAGUUCGAGGCGGGCCAGUAUCUGUUGGUGUGGAUCCCGAGAGUCCGACUGUUUGAGUGCCAUCCCUUCGUUGUGACUUCGUGGGCGGAAGCGGAACAAAGCAUCGUCGAUCUCUUCAUCAAGCCCCGACGAGGAUUCACUUCCAGCCUGAUCCGAUAUUCUCACGGGCAUGUCGUGCCCCGAUUGGCCCUCAUCUCUGGGCCACACGGUGUCAGCGUGCCGGUGUGGGACUAUGAGGCGGUGCUCAUGGUGGCUACGGACCACGGGAUUUCUGCGCUGGCUCCGUACCUGAAGAAGCUUGUGUACGGAUACAACCACUGCAGAGGUCGCACGCGGCAGAUACACCUUAUUUGGCAGGUAACCAACCUUGGUAGGUCCAAGGAAACUGCGCACUGCGCACUGCGCACUCAAUACGUCAUUUGCGGACUGACCAGAACAGGGAUCGUACAUGCGGCCGAGUCGAUCCUUAACCCUAUACUGAACGAGGACACGCUCGACGAUGGCUACAUUCUCGAGAUUUCCAUCUACUAUGACAUGCGGGAACAAGGAAUGUCCGUCGAAGAUCUCAAGAUGCUGAUCCCGGGUUGCACCAGCGACGAGCUGAUAACCAAAAGCGCUUCGACGCACAUCCUGAGCGCGUCCGAUGUCGAACGACUGGUUACCAAGCAUCUUUACGGCGGCACCGGUCGGUCACAUGGUAAGCCGACUCGUGUGAGGGAUUUCGGGACGAGAGCGCGACUUUACGUGGGCAGUCCCGAUCUCGUGGCAGGCCUGUGGAGUGAAGCAUCACGCAUCUUCGAUCGCACAGUCCAAGAAGCAGUUGGAAAGAUGGGAGACAUGUUGAUUCUUGGUAAGAGCUGUUUCUGCGGUGGCGAAUCCUUACUCACCAGCGCCGUAGUAUCCGCCGCAAACGAAACACGGGACGCACUUUGCGACCUUGCAGGAGGUUUCCUGAUUGAAGAAAAGCACCCUCUGUACGGCGAGUAUCGGAAAGGACAAGCUAUUCGCGAGUACCUUGAGACCAACGUCUGGCUGCGGGAGCUUGAUUAUCAACCGGCGGAUUGA